UCGACAGUCGACCUCCGUUUCUCUCGUCAGUCUGGAACUUGGAAGAACAUAAUGCCUACGGCUUUGGAGUCGUUUGCAAGGCUUCGGGCAAUAAUCCAAGCAAACGGGGGAAUAUUAAACUCUUUAAGAAUAGCAUGGGUAACUGAUGAUCUGAAAAUUGGUACUCUGAAAGGUGUGGAUAAAUUUGGCAACAGAUACUAUGAAAACAACAGAUACUUCUUUGGUAAAAACCGUUGGGUGAGAUUUGCAGAUAGAGCUAAUUUUAAUUAUGAUGGCAGUCAAAUACCCCCAGAAUGGCAUCGUUGGAUGCACUACAUGACAGAUGAGACACCUGUGGAAAAGCCACUAACACAGAGGAAAUGGAUGAUGGAGCAUGAACAGAACCCCUCGGGAACGAAGGACGAGUAUGUUCCGUAUAGCACAACACGGACCAAAAUAGAAAGCUGGACACCCCCACAGAACAAUUAAUGUUAUAAUAAAUCUGUGAGUGAGGGAACUAACUUCAGUGAAUAUGAGUGAACUGUUAUAUUGGGAUGAACAUUUGUUGCAUAAAUAAAGGCUGUUUUGAAUAUAUAUCAAA